AUGAGCCUUCCACUGCUGAAGCUUGGCGCUGUGCUUAGUACCAUGGCAAUGAUCUCAAACUGGAUGUCCCAAACUCUCCCAUCCUUGGUAGGACUGAACACCACGAGGCUAUCAACGCCAGAUACCUUAACUCAGAUUAGUCCCAAAGAAGGGUGGCAGGUAUAUAGCUCAGCACAGGAUCCUGAUGGACGAUGCAUUUGCACAGUGGUUGCUCCAGAACAAAACCUGUGUUCCCGGGAUGCCAAAAGCAGGCAGCUUCGCCAGCUGCUGGAAAAGGUUCAGAAUAUGUCCCAAUCUAUUGAAGUCUUAAACUUGAGAACUCAAAGAGAUUUCCAAUACGUCCUAAAAAUGGAAACACAAAUGAAAGGGCUGAAGGCCAAGUUUCGGCAGAUUGAAGAUGACCGGAAGACACUAAUGACCAAGCAUUUUCAAGAGCUGAAAGAGAAGAUGGACGAGCUCCUGCCUUUGAUACCUGUGCUAGAACAGUACAAAACAGAUGCCAAGUUAAUCACCCAAUUCAAGGAGGAAAUCCGGAAUCUGUCUGCUGUCCUCACGGGAAUUCAGGAGGAGAUCGGUGCCUAUGACUAUGAGGAGCUACAUCAAAGGGUGCUCAGCUUGGAAACCAGACUUCGUGACUGCAUGAAGAAGCUAACCUGUGGCAAACUGAUGAAAAUCACAGGCCCAAUUACAGUCAAGACAUCUGGAACCCGAUUUGGCGCUUGGAUGACAGAUCCUUUAGCAUCUGAGAAAAAUAACAGAGUUUGGUACAUGGACAGUUAUACCAACAAUAAAAUUGUCCGUGAGUACAAAUCAAUUGCUGACUUUGUCAGUGGGGCUGAAUCAAGAACAUACAACCUCCCUUUCAAAUGGGCAGGAACUAACCAUGUUGUCUACAAUGGCUCACUCUAUUUUAACAAGUAUCAGAGUAACAUCAUCAUCAAAUACAGCUUUGAUAUGGGGAGAGUGCUUGCCCAACGAAGCCUGGAAUAUGCUGGUUUCCACAACGUUUACCCUUACACAUGGGGUGGGUUCUCUGACAUCGACUUAAUGGCUGAUGAAAUCGGGCUGUGGGCUGUGUAUGCAACUAACCAGAAUGCAGGCAAUAUUGUCAUCAGCCAACUUAACCAAGAUACACUGGAGGUGAUGAAGAGCUGGAACACUGGCUAUCCCAAGAGAAGUGCAGGGGAAUCCUUCAUGAUCUGUGGGACACUGUAUGUCACCAAUUCCCACUUAACUGGAGCCAAGGUAUAUUAUUCCUAUUCCACCAAAACCUCCACAUAUGAGUACACGGACAUUCCCUUUCAUAACCAAUACUUUCACAUAUCCAUGCUUGACUACAAUGCAAGAGAUAGAGCUCUUUAUGCCUGGAACAAUGGUCACCAGGUCCUAUUCAAUGUCACCCUUUUCCACAUCAUUAAGACUGAGGAUGACACAUAA